UUCACGUCUGACAUUUCUUCCGAAGUAGAGGGAUUAUUGAAAAAAGCGUGCUCAGCAACGCGCCAAAGCUGUUUUAAACCUUGGUUAUAAAAGGUUACGAUUACUCUGCCGUGCGGCUCCCUGCGUUGCGCUCUAGAGGAAUUUGAUUGCCUCUAAGCUUCCUCGUUCCGCGGAAGUCUAGGUUAGCGUCGAAUAGGAAAACAUCAACCUACGUGAUUGUAUAUCGUUCAAGCUCUGUCGUCCAUAUAAAGCCACGAUGGAUCAGAUAAAAACGAGGAUUACUCUGUUGGUUACUAUGAUGUGGAUCAUGUCUUUUACGGUCUGUGUGAUCGCGACUAGCUCACAAGUAUCAUCAUCUUCGCCAUCUGCGUCAGCUUCAACAUUGCCGCCAACUCCUACAACACCAAUAGUAUUACUACCGACAUCACCUGCAGCGUCAGGAUCACCUCAACCAUCAGUGUCAGGGUCAACAUCACAACUAGCGGCAUCAAAACCAAUGUCCUCAUCCUCAGCCGAAACAUCGACAUCACCACCAGCAUCACCGUCAGCGGCACAAACAUUAGUAGCAUUACUACCAACAUCACCAGCAGCGUCAGGAUCACCUCAACCAUCAGGGUCAGCGACAAGAUCACCUCUAGCGGCAUCAACACCAAUAGUGUCUACGUCAUCGACGUCGCAACCACCUACUACAUCGUCAAUAGUAGAAGGCGCUAAGAAAUUCGAUGGAAAAGGCAAAGUGAAUGAACUUUGGGACGACGAAUAUAAAAAUAGCAGUUCCGAUAAGUACAAAGACCUCAAUAACAGGCUGGAAACCCAUUUAAGAAGAAUUCUCGAAAAGAAAUACGGACAGAACUUAAUCAAUCUUGAGGUGGAAAACUUCCAGGAGGGGAGUAUAAUUUUCGACUUCACAGUUUUCCUCACAUCUACGACGGAUGUUAAUGCCGACAGCCUGAAGGAGGCAAUAGAGAAAGAUCAAGGGGGCUCAAACUUCACUAUUUCCGUUGAAAGUGUAAAGGAGGUCGCUGGUCCCACACCAACAGUAACGUCGCAAUCACCCACUACAUCGUCAAAAGAAGGCACUGAGAAAUUCGAUGGAAGAGGCAAAAUGGAGGAGCCUAGGGACAACGAAUAUGCAAAUAGCAAUUCCCUUAAGUACAAACACCUUAAGAGCAGGUCUGAAACCCAUUGAAAAGAAAUUCUCGAAAAGAAAUACGAACAGAAUUUACUUGAUCUUGAGGUGAAAAACUUCCAUAUGGGGAGUAUAAUUUUCGACUUCACAGUUUUCCUUACAACUACGAAUGAUGUUCAUGCCGACACUUUGAAGGAGGUAAUAGAGAAAGAUGAAGAAGGCUCAAAUUUCACGGUAUCCGUUGAAAGUGUAAGGUAGGUCGCUGGUCCUACACUAACGACAACUUGUCCGAGUGAGCAACCUGAGGCGACAUCCUUUGUAAAGGCGUGGAUUGCGGUUGUGAUCACACUUGGAAUUAUAAUUCUGGUUUUGCUUGCUUUGCUGCUGUGUUUAAUCGUGAGUAACGAUUAGUCCUAUAAAAGGUUUCUCUCUUGUAAACAGGGUAGUAAUAGACGCUUUAAGUAAGAUUUGGUGCUUCCGAUAUCAAUGAUUGGAGGAUCGUAAUUAUAAUCGUCAAUCAAAGAGAAGAAGCACUUUCAGAAGGGGUCAAUGAACACUAAAACUGGAGAAAGGUCACAAUACCAGCUAUAAGCGCGAAUAAUCGCGAGAAGCAAGUCACGUUAGUUUCAUUGAUCGAGAAGGCGGCACGAACAUAAAAACAAAUCAAAAAAUGGAUAUAGAAUCCAACCAAUGCCAUCACGAAUUUCUAUUGUCACUCAGUUGAAAAUUGCUCCAUUCAGAUUUAAUCAAGGGUCGCAAUAGUUAGUAUGAUUAGAACACACAGCUGUUAUUCAAUCACUUCUUACCGAUUCUGAACACUAUUCUUUGGGAAAACUUCAAUCUCCCCAGCCCAGGAGUUACAAUCAAAAAGGACUUACAGUUCUAUAUUAGUGGACUCUAUGUAAUUUCAGUUGAAGUGCAUUUCGAGCCGAAACUAAUUUUUUGGUAUUUCCUCACAAAGCUUCAAAACAGAAUAUUGAAAAAUAGUUGGAGGGCGAGAAAGGCGUCAAUUCUGCACAAUGACAACGAUCCUUUUGCACAGCCCCGUAUUUACAGCAUCGGUUCCAAAGAUAUGUACUUGCUAUCUGGUAUAUCGGAUGGAAGACGAGCAAAAAGUCAUGGC